CUUCAGCCAUGGAGAAAUAUUCCAAGUGGGCUUGUGAUCAAAGGUUGAGAGAUGGAACGAAUCUGAGCUUCGAGAGAGAUCGAGCUUAUGGAUUCUCGUGGCCUCAGAGGAACUAUAGGUGCAGCUUCUGCAACAAGGAAUUCAAGUCUGCACAAGCUCUUGGAGGCCACAUGAAUGUGCAUAGGAGAGAUAGGGCAAGAAUGAGGCUUUCUCCCUCUCCAAACCCUAACCCUAACCCUAACCCUAACCCUAACCCUAGUUUGUCCUUGUCUACCUCCACCCCUAAGUUGUUGCCUUGUAAUGUGGCAUGUCUUUCUCUCAUCAACUCACCCUCUCCUCCUCCUCUGCAAGAAGACGACUUCGCAGCCAUUCGCCGUUCCUCGCCUUGCCUAGCUAGAGAGGAUCUUGGAAAAUACAAGAAUCAUGGUUUUGCAACAAGGAAUGAUGUUAUUAGAUUGGAUUUGAGCUUGGGUUUGAUCCAAGAUGCUAACAAGGAUUUGGAUUUGGAUUUGGAUUUGGAGCUUCGACUUGGUUAUUCCUAGAGAUGGAAGAAUUGAUCAUCAUCAUCAUCAAAACUGUAAUGUGGUAUGUCCAAAUAUGAUUUUCAUUUGAACCUUUAAUUUGUUAAUUACCUCUUUUUUCCUUCCUCUUCCGAUUGUUUCCGCCAAAAUGGAAGCUAUAUAUAUAAUUAGGAAGUAAUUUCCAGUGUUUAAGUAGAGGAAG